AUGGGUGUAUAUGUAUUCAAAUAAGCAUCUCAUGAAUCGUAUUUUUAUUUUCGAUGGAAUCUGUUUUCUUCCAACGGCAGUAAAUAAUCUAUUUGGAUCGUGAGUGCACACAGAAAAUCAGUUCGAGUGCGAUAACGGAAGCCAGGAAGAUAGUUAUUUGUGUACACAGUGUAUCUUGCCAUUUGCCUGUAGUGAAAGAUGUACAAUCCGAAUAACACUAGGCCACACCGAUCAAGAUCUGGUUUGAAAAUGGAAUGGUCAUGGUUGCGAGAUUGGUGGCGGUUGAAGAGACCACGACGAAAGUUUAGACAUAACAGAAAUGAUGUUAAGGAAGAAUCCAGUGGUAGUAAGGAAUUCGUAACUGAAGCUGAUGGCGAGCUGGAGUUUUCUGAUGCCCAUGGAUAUGGAGAUGGUCAAGACGAGAACUAUUUCUAUGAUGACACAGGGCAGGAUGAUUUCAUCUGUUACUGUGACGAAUGUAUGAAUGGAGAUCUCGAGUCUACCGAUGGUCUCGAUUCGGACGAUUCAUCCGCCUCCGGAAAGCAGGUUGUUGUGGCAGUUUGCGCAAUGGCGAAAAAAUCACAAUCCAAGCCCAUGAAAGAGAUACUGACUCGCCUACAGGAAUUCGAAUUUAUACGCAUGAUCGUACUCAGCGAGGAGAUUAUCCUGAAAGAACCGGUUGAGAAUUGGCCUAUAUGUGAUUGUUUAAUUUCAUUCCAUUCGAAAGGCUUUCCACUGGAGAAGGCUAUUCAGUAUGCACAUUUACGUCAACCGUACGUCAUCAACAAUUUACAUAUGCAGUUUGACAUACAGGAUCGGAGGCGUGUGUAUUCUAUACUAGAAAAGGAAGGAAUUGAGAUUCCACGAUACGCCGUUCUUGAUAGGGAUUCGUCGGAUCCGAAGCACCAUGAACUAGUAGAAUCCGAGGAUCACGUGGAGGUGAAUGGAAUCAUCUUUAAUAAACCUUUCGUGGAAAAGCCAGUGUCCGCUGAAGAUCACAAUAUAUACAUAUAUUACCCUACCUCCGCUGGUGGAGGCAGCCAACGGUUAUUCCGAAAGAUUGGUAGCCGAAGUAGUGUAUACUCGCCGGAGUCUCGAGUUCGUAAGACGGGUUCGUUCAUUUAUGAAGAUUUCAUGCCGACCGAUGGCACCGACGUUAAAGUGUAUACUGUUGGUCCCGAUUAUGCUCAUGCUGAGGCAAGGAAAAGUCCAGCUCUCGAUGGGAAGGUUGAACGUGAUAGUGAUGGCAAGGAGAUUCGCUAUCCGGUUAUUUUGAACAACGCGGAAAAGUUGAUUUCCCGCAAGGUUUGCCUCGCUUUUAAACAAACGGUUUGCGGAUUUGAUUUACUGCGAGCUAACGGAAAGUCUUUUGUCUGUGAUGUCAACGGGUUUAGCUUUGUUAAAAACUCUAACAAAUAUUAUGAUGAUUGUGCAAGAAUAAUGGGAAACAUGAUAUUGCGAGAACUGGCGCCAACAUUGCACAUACCAUGGUCUGUUCCGUUUCAGCUAGAUGAUCCCCCGAUUGUACCCACUACAUUCGGUAAAAUGAUGGAGCUUCGAUGUGUUACCGCUGUUAUACGCCAUGGUGAUCGAACACCGAAGCAAAAAAUGAAAGUGGAAGUAAGGCAUCCAAAAUUUUUCGAAAUAUUUGAAAAAUAUGAUGGGUACAAGUAUGGUCACAUUAAACUGAAGAGACCCAAACAGCUACAAGAAAUAUUAGAUAUUGCUCGAUCGUUGCUUGCUGAAAUACAAACCAAGGCAGCAGACUCGGAAAUUGAAGAAAAGCAGAGCAAGUUGGAACAAUUGAAAAGCGUACUGGAAAUGUAUGGUCACUUUUCCGGUAUUAAUCGUAAAGUACAAAUGAAAUAUCAGCCAAAAGGACGUCCCCGUGGAUCAAGCUCUGACGAUGGUAAACAACAUUCUAAUGCUCCGAAGGAACCUUCUCUGGUUCUCAUAUUGAAAUGGGGCGGAGAGCUAACCCCAGCCGGACGGAUUCAAGCCGAAGAAUUGGGGAGGAUCUUUCGUUGUAUGUAUCCAGGUGGUCAAAGUCGAGAUGGAAAGGAAGGUCUUGGAGCACAAGGUUUGGGUUUGCUGAGGCUACAUUCAACGUUUCGCCAUGACUUGAAGAUCUACGCAUCAGAUGAAGGACGAGUUCAAAUGACAGCAGCGGCAUUUGCAAAAGGAUUGCUGGCACUAGAAGGAGAACUGACGCCGAUUCUAGUUCAGAUGGUGAAGAGCGCAAAUACCAAUGGGUUGUUAGAUAAUGAUUGCGAUUCGAGCAAAUAUCAAAAUAUGGCCAAAUCACGACUACAUGAACUAAUGCAAAUCGAUCGUGAGUUUACAAUCGAAGACCGUAUCGCGAUAAAUCCAGGUAACGUAAUUAGUAUCAACCUAGCUAUGGAUUUUGUUAAAAAUCCAGUGAAAUGUUGUGCGCAUGUCCACUCGCUUAUACAAUCAUUACUAAACGUGGUAGCCAUUAAAAGAGAUGAUCCAAAAACUAGAGAAGCUGUGCUUUAUCAUGGUGAAACGUGGGAGUUGAUGGGUCGUCGAUGGGGCAAAAUUGAAAAAGAUUUCUGUACGAAAAGUAAAGACUUUGACAUUUCGAAAAUUCCAGACAUAUACGAUUGCAUUAAGUACGAUCUGCAGCAUAAUCAGCAUACGCUUCAGUUCGAUUUGGCCGAAGAAUUAUACAUAUACGCUAAAUAUUUGGCAGACGUUGUGAUACCCCAGGAGUAUGGGUUAACAGUACAGGAAAAGUUGACAAUCGGGCAGGGCAUUUGCACGCCAUUAUUGAAAAAGAUCCGUGCUGAUUUACAGAGAAAUAUAGAAGAAGCUGGUGAUGAAAGUGUCAAUCGGUUGAAUCCUCGAUAUAGUCACGGUGUGUCAAGCCCUGGAAGACAUGUCCGGACAAGACUUUAUUUUACCAGUGAAAGUCAUGUGCAUUCACUUUUGACAGUACUACGCCAUGGUGGUCUGUUGAAUAUAUUGACUGAUGAACAGUGGCGCCGAGCUAUGGAGUAUGUUUCUAUGGUAUCAGAACUGAACUAUAUGUCGCAAAUUGUGAUAAUGCUAUAUGAAGACCCUACGAAGGAUCCUUGCUCAGAAGAACGGUUCCAUGUAGAAUUGCACUUCAGUCCUGGUGUGAAUUGUUGUGUGCAAAAGAAUUUACCUCCAGGGCCAGGGUUCAGGCCUCACAGCCGCAAUGAUUCAGUAACAUCAAAAAAUGCAAGUGGUGAUGAAGAAAGCACAUCGCGUAUCGACGAAGAAAACGAUACCGAGGAAGAAAAUUCUCACGAAUCUGGACAAACGCUUCCUAAAGAUAGUUUCUUUACAGAUGCCACGCGAAACAAAGAAAAAAAGAUACGCAAAAUUAAAUCUUCAGAGCCGAUACCCAUUGGUUCUUGUCAUACAGUAGCAGGGCACGAGGCCAUGGAUCUAGCUAAACGACUAAGCGAAGAGCUAGCGGCACAGCAAGUAUCUGGUCAAAGACCACUUAGUCCAGACGAACCACGUGCUUCUCGGUCCUUUGAGCAUGGUAAACAUGGUCGCACCAAAGGUGAAACGCUGUCUGUCACUUUGCAAUUCAAUUCUUACUGUAAAUCGGCAACAAACGAAACGUCUCUCUCUUCAAUAGACUUUUUUCAAACAAUCAAAGAACCAGAUAACCAAUUGUUCCUCAUUGGUACUCAGGUGUCAUCCACAAAUAGAUAUGACAAUCGUUGUCUUGAUGCAACGGUUGUAACGGACGAAAGACCUUUAUCUCGUCAAUGCUUGUUCAUGCAAGAGUCUAAUUCAUGCGACUCAAUCAGUGAAUUUACGCCUAACUUGGCGGACCAAGAGCUCUAUGUUUCUUCAUUUUCUGACACGAAUUCUGAAACGUCUCGAUAUUACAGUGCCUGUCACGAUUUAGACCCCUUUCACUACAAGUAUCCAUUAAGCAAUAGAGCUCGCUCUUACACAUUUUCCAAUGAUCCAGAAAAGGAUAAUUUGCUUGUUCCGUUCAAUGAGUGCAGUUGCAACUCAAUACUCUAUUUAUCUCUUCCUCUUAUUAGCAGAAGCUUCAAUGAUUUGGAAUCUUUGACAGACGCCGAAACGCCACGUAUUAUCCAGAAUGAUUCCAGCACUACCCUAUUUUUUCGUGUUAAAUCCUUAGAUCGCAGUCCUAACUCCUUGACCCAAUCCCAGUUGUUCACUGAUUCUUCACCCAUCCAACUAAAACCAAAAUUAACCACUGAGCCACAGAUUACUUAUCGAGGUUCCAGUGAUCUUACUGUACCCAAAAUGGACUUCACGAAACGGACUAACAAUACUGGGGAAACAAUCACUUUCAUUUCCCUAACAACUCCGCCGCCAAAUGAAAGUAUGACUGACUCAGACAUGGGCUUUACAACUUUGUUGAACAAGAUUUUUCCGGUUAAAUCCUAUAAUAAUGUCACCAUGGCUGCUAGUUGUAGUGAUAAUCAAACCCUUACCGCUGUUAAUUCUACCAUAACUAACAGCAGUAACAGUAACCUUUCACCUAACUGUAAACCUCACUGUUCGAAAUUCGUCAAAUCAUAUACGACAGACAGCAGUACAAAUCCGUCCGGUAGCGGUAAUGUUGCCGUUGGUGGUGGGCACGGCUGUGCAGUUUCGUCCUCUCAUGGUUCAUCUCAUUCGUCUACUGGCGGCACAGCUGUAAGACGUCAACGACACAGCAUUGCCGGCCAGAUGAGCUACUUUAAGAUGCUAGGUGGCUUCGGUAAGAAGAUGGCAACCAGCACAAACAGUUUGUUCAGCACCGCGGUAAUCAGUGGAAGUUCAUCAGCUCCGAAUCUUCGCGACAUGAUUCCGAAUACGGCGUCACCCUCAGGAUUUGGUGGUGUGCCUCCGAUUCGUCCACUCGAGACGCUCCAUAAUGCACUCUCUCUGCGGCAGUUGGAUCAUUUUCUGGAGAAAAUGACCACCGGACCACUGUUCAAGACGCCAGCAUCGUCUCCCCCGAAAUAUCCGUCGACACCACUUCCGACCCCGACACCGAGCCCAGCGGUGCCCGACCGACCAGUAUUGCCUCUGGCGAAUUGGAGUGGCCAAUCGAGUAUGACUAGUAGUAUCAGCGCCAUAUCCAGCGGUGGACCAUCAUCUCCAAAUUAUAGCGAUCUCUUCUCUCGUGGCUGUCCGAGUAGCGACAUGUCGGCCAGCAUUACAAGUACGGAUGGAAGCAUCGCACUAGUAGCGGGAGGAGGCAACCGAGACAAUUUGCCGCAAAUUUUCCCUAUUAUCGAUAACGAUCUGAACGUAUUGGGAUCGCACUUCAACUAUGAUCAGUUAGCUGCUAGCAUUAGUUUGGAAAGUCCAGCUAAAAUUCCACCUGUUAGCAAAGAUGCCACUCUUGAUAUCAGCGGGGAUCUAACUCCUAUCAGCACCUGUUCAGAUUGGGAAUUCAACACCAAUGAUGCUACGAGGGGUUCUACAAAUACCAACUAUGAUUUGACCAAUGAGGAGGAUGACGAAGAUGCUACAAUUUCAACCGACACGUGCUUGAGUACAGGAGACCUAGCAGUAACUAGCGCAAGCGACGAUACAGAGACAAUAGCAAAUCUUAACCUAACCUUAGGGUCAACUAAUAGUGGAAAACAGCUUCAAAAGGAGUUCUUGUUCGAUAUAAAAAAUGUCCGACAUGAGCUAAGCAACUUAAAAAGUGACAUUCCUCCCCCUCCAGCUUCAGCACCACCAACCGGUCCAGGACCAUUUUCAGGUGGAGCAAUACCAAAGAUAGAAAACCAACAUCGUAGUAAUCGCAUCCAGAAACAAAUAAGUUUGUAUGAGAAAGAUUCUCGAACAGAAGCGAAGAAUUUUUCCCACGAAUCGCAUAAGUUUACUGAUCGCGCUUCCGGAGUUUUGAAGCACGCUAAUUCUUACGAGCAACAGCCCAACCGGAUGCAUAUGUCUUUUGAUGAACUGCAGAAAGAUAUUCCAAAUAUUGAAAAAAACUUAGCUAGUAAGUUUGAAUUAGAACCAGAAAAAUGUUCGAAGACUAAUAAAUGCAUGGUUGCCCGUUUGAACAAUGCGCCUACUCCGGGAGCAUUGGUGAUACGAGAGAGCUUUAUUGAACCUCCACGUAUCACAAGGGUUACCAAAAGUUUUCAUGGCAAAACCGACUAUCAUCAAUUGCAAAUCAAUGAUAUUGCAAGAAGAGCUAGUGACGUUGUAAGGCCAUCGUCUUCAGCACUGGUUCUUCCACCUGUGACAGUACCACAGUCAUGUGGGCACGAUUUAGCUAAUAAAUAUAACAAGAAUAAAGUGAGACAGGAUAUAAGUACUGCUUCUAGUGAAGCAACCAAUCGAAUCGGAUCAGGCAGAUUUACGACGUCAAUUGUACAGGAGACAACAGGUGUUACAGAAAAUGUGAAUCAAACUGAGACAAGAGUCGUGACAAACAUUGUGCAGUCAGAGGAAGACGCAAACGAUGCAAGUUUCAGUGGUGCUAGGGAAUUUGGAAAGAAAUGAGGAUAACCGAUACGGCAAACAGAGCUACAGCAACAUUACUAAGAGUAUUAUAUGUUUGUUAAAUUAGAAUAUUAAAUUAAAAAGAUACUAUUUCGUUUCAUAAGUUUACAAA